UUUAAGGCAGAAGCUCGUCCCCCGCGGACCUGCCGGCGACCGGCUGCCCCCCGCCCAGCGACCGGCGCGCCCUCCUCCCAAUCGCCGCCACCGCCUCCCGCGCUCUCCCCAGUCAUGUCCCACCCGGAGCGAUGGGGAAGCUCGAGGACAACGAGAGGGUGAUCCUCAACGUGGGGGGCACGCGGCACGAGACCUACCGCAGCACCCUGAAGACCCUGCCGGGGACCCGCCUGGCUCUGCUCGCCUGCGAGUCCCAGAGCGAGUCCCCGGGCGGCGAGGAACCGCCGCCGCCGCCCAACCCGCCGCCGCCGCCGGCGGGAGGCUGCCCGGAGCCCGGCAGCGGCUGCAGCCCCCGGGGCAGCGGCGGCGCCAGCGAGUUUUUCUUCGACCGGCACCCGGGGGUCUUCGCCUAUGUACUCAACUACUACCGCACCGGCAAGCUGCACUGCCCCGCCGACGUCUGCGGGCCGCUCUUCGAGGAGGAGCUGGCCUUCUGGGGCAUCGACGAGACCGACGUGGAGCCCUGCUGCUGGAUGACCUAUCGCCAGCACCGCGACGCCGAGGAGGCCCUCGACAUCUUCGAGGCGCCCGACCUGCUGACGGGCGAGCCGCCCCCCGACGGCGACGACGACGACCUGGCCGCCAAGAGACUGGGCAUCGAGGACGUGGGGGCGGCCAACGAGGGCAAGGGCGGGCGCUGGCGGCGGCUGCAGCCCCGUGUCUGGGCUCUCUUCGAGGACCCUUACUCCUCCCGCGCCGCCAGGUUCAUCGCUUUUGCCUCUUUAUUCUUCAUCUUAGUUUCAAUCACAACCUUCUGCCUGGAAACACACGAGGCUUUCAAUACUAUUAUAAACAAAACUGAGCAGGUCAUCAACGGGACAGAAGCUGUGCUGCAGUAUGAAAUUGAGACAGAUCCUGCACUGACAUACGUGGAAGGAGUCUGCGUGGUAUGGUUUACAUUUGAAUUUUUAGUACGCGUUAUUUUUUCUCCCAACAAACUUGAAUUCAUCAAAAACCUCUUGAAUAUCAUUGACUUUGUGGCCAUCCUGCCCUUUUACCUAGAAGUGGGCCUGAGCGGGCUCUCCUCAAAAGCUGCUAAGGACGUGCUUGGUUUCCUCAGGGUGGUAAGGUUCGUCAGGAUCCUCCGGAUUUUCAAGCUCACCCGGCACUUCGUGGGCCUCAGGGUGCUGGGCCACACUCUGCGAGCCAGCACCAAUGAAUUUCUGCUGCUGAUAAUAUUCCUGGCACUUGGUGUUUUGAUAUUUGCCACUAUGAUCUACUACGCAGAACGGGUGGGAGCCCAGCCUAAUGACCCAUCAGCGAGUGAACACACACAGUUCAAAAAUAUCCCUAUCGGCUUCUGGUGGGCUGUGGUCACCAUGACCACCCUGGGAUAUGGGGAUAUGUAUCCACGGACUUGGUCAGGCAUGCUGGUGGGAGCCCUGUGUGCGCUGGCGGGGGUGCUCACCAUAGCCAUGCCCGUGCCUGUGAUAGUUAACAAUUUUGGGAUGUACUACUCCCUGGCCAUGGCAAAGCAAAAACUGCCAAGGAAGCGAAAGAAGCACAUCCCUCCUGCUCCUCAAGCCAGCUCACCCACCUUCUGCAAGACAGACUUGAACAUGGCCUGCAAUAGCACGCAGGGUGACAUCUGCCUGGGCAAGGACAACCAGAUGAUGGAGCACAACAGAUCAUCAGUGUUAUCAGGUGAAGACAGUGCAGAAAGUGAGCAGCCACUCUCACCUGGUGAAAGGCUCCCUCCCAUCAGACGUUCUAGUACAAGAGACAAAAACAGAAGAGGGGGAACAUGUUUCCUACUGACCACAGGUGAUUACACGUGUGCUACUGAUGGAGGGAUCAGGAAAGUGUUGUACAGAAUUUAUCAUGGAUUUUUGACUGCUGAAAAAGGGACAAUGGAAUUUAGCCAUACCAAGGAYUGUACUGGAAAGAGACUGCUGCUGCUGAAUGGGCCCUGAUAAACAACUGACACCUUGAGGAAGUCACUGAGAGUUUGCGUGCGAAGUAGAGGUUGUUAAAGAAGAUGAAAGACCGCUCGUAAUUACUGCUGCCAGAGGAAGGGGUGACAAGUCACUGUUGAUGAGUCAGUGUAAAUAAAACGUGCGUGCAUGGAAUAUCAGUUUUUAUCUAUAUCAAGGAAAGCUGAAUUCAUGUCAUCAUUGCUAAGGCUCCAUGCAAAGACCCACACCCCUGUGUUUAUUAUUCCUGGUUCCUGCAGUAAGUUGUGCUGUGGAUCAUACAAAGACACGCUUUGUAAUGAUAGUGAUGUAAACUACAUCUGUCUUGACUCCUGUCAUACUAAUGGCAUAUAUUGCAAAAGUCACAAAUUUGACCAGAGUAGGUUUGCAUAAGUCCUUGCUUUCUCAUUUUGCCAUGACCUAAAUUGUUAUGAAUUCUAGUGUACAUGCCAAGUYCUAAGUUUGCUUUUCACUUUCAUAACAAAAAUGUGACUGCAGACAAACAUCACUGACUUUGUUCACAGCACACAGUCUUCUUUCAUUGUUAUCUCAAACUAUAAGUAUUAUCAGAAAUAAAAUUCUGGCAGCAAGACUAUUUUGUGGUUUUUUUUUUUUUUAAUUCAAAGUAUUGCAAACCCGACAUCAAUAAGUAUAAAAGUUGUAUUAAAAUUAUAUUCUAAAAAUGUAUAUUUUACAUAAAAUAUAUAUUCUUUGAUAAGUUACUUUCUGUGAUUUUUGUGGUAAAUGGAUCUAGUCUAUUCUGUGUUUAUGAGACAUUGUAGUGCUACGAUGUGGUAAUUAUGUUCUCCCCAUCCUAUUCAGUGGGAAAUUCUCCAGAAUCUGUUUUGUCACCCUGGUGUCCCGAUUGUAGGGACCUGUCCCAGUUGUGAAACUCUGUAUCGUGGAACUUCUGUGAACAUGUCAAGGUGCAUGCACAAUCCUGGUGGAAACCAGUGGAAAUGUAAUACCUGAAUUGGAGAAUAAAAGGCAAAAGACCUGGGGAGGAACUUGGAACACAUCUUCUGAACUGGCUCAUGCGCUUUCUUUAGCUGUAUCGGUCCCCUGCCUGCCACUUACCAUUC